GACACCGGCGCGUCCCGGGCGCUACGGGUUCCAGGCGCCGCGGCCGCCUUUCGUAGCCGCCUCUCCCGGCGGCCCUGGCAGGGAUGGAGCCGCUGGACGAGCUGGACCUGCUGCUGCUGGAGGAGGGCGGCGGAGCGGAGGCCGCGCCGCGGGCGGAAGUAGUUCAGAGGAAGGUGGAAGCGUUCUUUCCUACGACGGUUCUGAGCCGAGGAGAGGAUAACCGGUACCUGGUGCUAGCUGUCGAGACUGUACAGAAUGAGAGAGGGGAUGAAGAAAAACACCUGGUCAUCACGGCGUCUCGGGAACAAGAGCACCAAGAGCUGUGCAUCCUGAGGAAUGGCUGGUGUUCAGUCCCAGUAGAGCCGGGGGACAUCAUUCACCUGGAGGGGAACCGCACAUCUGAGACGUGGGUAAUAGAUGACGACUCUGGAUAUUUUAUUCUGUACCCAGACCUGUUGAUCUCUGGCACAAGCGUCGCCAGUAGUAUUCGGUGUGUGAGAAGAGCUGUCCUGAGCGAGACUUUCAGGGUCUCUGAUCCAGCCACUCGCCAAAUGCUGAUUGGUACGAUUCUCCACGAAGUCUUUCAAAAAGCCAUAAGUGAGAGCUUUGCCCCUGAAAAGCUGCAAGAGCUUGCUUUUCACACUGUCCAAGAGAUCAGGCAUUUGAAGGAAAUGUACCGCUUAAAUCUGAGUCCAGAUGAAGUAAGAUGUGAAGUUGAGGAGUAUCUCCCCUCCUUCUCUAAGUGGGCUGAGGAUUUCAUGCGUAAGGGCCCUCCUGCUGAAUUUCCUCAGAUGCAGCUCUCCCUGCCAAGUGACGGUGGUCACAGAAGUCCGUCUUGUACCGUCGAAGUAACAAAGUCACUGGAUAUUGAAGAAAGCAUCUGGUCCCCUAGGUUUGGAUUGAAGGGCAAAAUAGACGUCACAGUGGUCCUGUACACGCUGCUGAGCCAGGAGAGACGAGAGGACCCCGAGGCUGGCUGGCUUCUCUACCUCAAGACCGGGCAGAUGUACCCUGUGCCCGCCAAGCAUCUGGACAAAAGAGAACUGCUGAAGCUCAGGGACCAGCUGGCGUUCUACCUGCUGCACCGAGUGAGCAGAGCUGCUUCCGGGGAGGAGACACGGCUUUCUCCCCUGCCACAAAUAAUCGAGGAAGAGAAAACUUGUAAAUAUUGUUCACAGAUGGGCAACUGUGCUCUUUAUAGCAGAGCAGUUGAGGAACAGGCGGACGACACUUUCGUCCCAGAGGGCAUGCUGUCCAAAAUCCAAGAAGAAACGCGGCACCUGAAGCCGACACACUUGAAGUAUUUCAGCCUGUGGUGCCUCAUGCUAACCUUGGAGUCACAAUCUAAAGAUCACAGAAAGAAUCACCAAAACAUCUGGUCAAUGCCUGCUUCCGAAAUGGAGGAGGGAGGCAACUGCAUUGGAAACCUGGUCCAGAGGAAGCCUGUAAAAAGAUUUUGUGAUGGACAGUACUUACAUAACUUUCAGCGGAAAAACGGUGCCAUGCCGGCCACCAAUCUGAUGGCCGGUGACAGGAUUAUUUUAAGUGGAGAACAGAGGAAACUGUUCGCUUUGUCUAAAGGCUACGUGAAGGAGAUUAACGGGGCAGCGGUAACCUGCUUGCUAGACAGGAACUUGUCGACACUCCCAGAAACAACGUUGUUCAGAUUGGACCGGGAAGAAAAAAGUUGUGAUAUAGAUACCCCAUUAGGAAAUCUCUCUAAAUUGAUGGAAAACACCGAUACCAGCAAAAGACUUCGAGAGUUAAUCAUUGAUUUCAAGGAACCCCAGUUUAUACCCUACCUCAGCUCCGUUCUUCCACACGAUGCGAAGGAUACAGUGGCCAACAUUCUGAAGGGUUUGAAUAAGCCUCAGAGGCAAGCCAUGAAGAAAGUCCUUCUUUCGAAAGACUACACGCUCAUCGUGGGGAUGCCAGGGACAGGAAAGACAACUACAAUAUGUGCUCUUGUAAGGAUCCUCUCCGCCUGUGGCUUCAGUGUUCUGUUGACCAGUUAUACGCAUUCUGCUGUUGACAAUAUUCUCUUGAAGUUAGCCAAGUUUAAGAUAGGAUUUUUGCGCUUGGGUCAGUCUCAUAAGGUCCAUCCAGAUAUCCAGAAGUUUACAGAGGAGGAGAUUUGCAGAUCAAGGUCCAUUAAGUCCUUAGCCCUUCUAGAAGAACUCUAUAACAGUCACCUGAUUGUUGCAACAACCUGUAUGGGCAUAAACCAUCCAAUAUUUUCUCGGAAGACCUUCGAUUUUUGUAUUGUGGAUGAAGCCUCUCAAAUCGGUCAGCCGGUUUGCCUGGGCCCCCUUUUUUUCUCUCGGAGAUUUGUGUUGGUGGGAGACCAUCAGCAGCUUCCUCCCUUGGUUCUAAACCGCGAAGCAAGGGCUCUGGGCAUGAGCGAGAGCCUGUUCAAGAGGCUGGAGCAGAACAAGGCGGCCGUCGUGCAGUUGACGGUGCAGUACAGGAUGAACAGCAAGAUCAUGUCCUUAAGCAAUAAGCUCACGUACGAGGGGAAGCUGGAGUGCGGAUCAGACAAAGUGGCCAACUCGGUGAUAGCCCUGCCCAACUUCAAGGACGUCAAGCUGAACCUGGAGCUUUACGCCCAUGAUUCUGAUAACCCCUGGCUGGCGGGAGCGUUUGAGCCGGACAAUCCUGUUUGUUUUCUUAACACAGAUAAGGUCCCAGCUCCAGAACAAAUUGAAAAUGGUGGCGUGAGCAACAUCACAGAAGCCAGACUCGUCGUCUUUCUAACCUCAGUUUUUAUUAAGGCUGGCUGCAGCCCCUCCAACAUCGGCAUCAUCGCGCCGUACAGGCAGCAGCUAAGGACCAUCAGUGACUUACUGGCACGAUCUUCUGUCGGGAGGGUCGAAGUUAACACAGUGGACAAAUACCAGGGAAGGGACAAGAGCCUCAUCCUGGUGUCCUUCGUCAGGAGUAAUAAGGAUGGAACUCUUGGCGAGCUCCUGAAGGAUUGGCGACGGCUCAAUGUGGCGAUAACCAGAGCCAAGCACAAACUGAUCCUCCUGGGCAGCGUGUCCUCGCUGCGGCGCUUCCCGCCUUUGGAGAGGCUCUUUGACCAUCUGAACGCGGAGCAGCUGAUCGUGGACCUUCCGUCAAGGGAGCAUGAGAGUCUCUGCCACGUGCUGGGUGAUCUUCAAAGAGACUGAACACUACACCCCUGCCUCCAGCGUCGUAGGCCUGGCGUCACCUGAUGCAGCUCAGGUUUGCUGGGAAUCCACACUUAAACUGCGAGGAUGCCUUUAGGCUAAAGGUACAAAGCGAAGUGACUGUGUUCUCUUCAAAGUUCCAGGUUUUUCUUUUCUAUUUCUUACUGUAAUCUUGUUAAACAUGAAAUUCUGUCACCGCGUAAAAUUUUACUUAUUAGUACCAAUGUACCCCAAACUGAAAAGUCUAAAUCUGUGAGUACUUCAAGUAUAUCUGUAUAUGAUCGAGAAAAGUGAGAUUUUCCCACCUUUAAAGGUGGAUUGAAACUUUACCCCAAGGUUGAGAUCUCGACAAAUGGAAUAGAAUUUCAGGUCUAAUUCCAGAAUCAGAGAAGUUCUAUUUAAAGAUUGGAUGGACUGGCUUGUUUGCGUCGCUUGAAGCCGCUCUGUGCUAAGGGGAGCGGGUGUGAUUACUCUCUGAAUUUUGGGUGUCCUGGUUUCAGUGUCAAAUGUGUUUCCCUUUAAGCCUAGUCUUUGAAUUACAUCCCUGAGUCACGGUGUGCUUCCGGGAAGUUCUUCUUCCUCUUCCCCAUGAUCAUCGUCCCCUCUUGUCCCCUCGUUAACUUUUGGAAUGCAGCAUUUCAAUAUUAGAGGAGGAUUUGAUAUAAAACAUUUUUUUUGAGAAGGAGUUUUGUUUUCUGAAUUGAUGCCAGCUUACAAGGUACACCCUGUUUUUAUUUGGUUUAGUUAUUUCCUUCUAUGUACUGAUGUUUCGAAAAAUAAACUUACAUACACGGUGACAUUUUCACAAAAGGGUCCCUUCUCCUGGAGGGAAAAGUUUCUACCUCACUUAGUGGAAGUUUAAAUAUGUUAAAUUGUUGGUGCUUCUACCUUUUAUAUUAUUUAAAAAUACAAUUUAAUAAAUUGUUUUGUACUGGAUAGAC